GGAAAAAAUAUCUGUGCAUGAUAAGAAUGUUGGAAAGCCUUCAGCCUGAAGCAGAUCUCCUUCAGCAUGAUCAGAUUCAUAGUAGAGAGAAACCUCAUGAAUGCAAUGAAUGUGGAAAAACCUUUAGCCUGAAGCAAAACCUCAUAGAACAUAAGAAAAUGCAUACUGGAGAAAAAUCACAUGAAUGUACUGAAUGUGGUAAAGUAUUCUCUCGAGUCUCAUCCCUUACUCUACAUUUGAGAAGUCAUACAGGAAAGAAACCAUAUAAAUGUAAUAAAUGUGGAAAAGCCUUCAGCCGGAAAAGAAACUUCCUUUCUCACCAGAAACAUCAUACUGGAGAGAAACUUUAUGAAUGUGGGAAAGCUUCUAUUCAGAUGCCAGGUCUCAUUAAACAUCAGAGAAAUAAUACUGGAAACAAACCCUAUGCAUGUAAGGAAUGUGGAAAAGCCUUCAGUGGCAAAUCCUAUCUCACUGAGCAUGAGAAAAUUCAUACGGGAGAGAAACCAUUUGAAUGUAAUCAAUGUGGAAGAGCCUUCAGCCAGAAGCAAUACCUCAUUAAACAUCAGAAUAUCCACAGUGGAAAGAAACCCUUUAAAUGUAACGAAUGUGGAAAAGCCUUUAGCCAGAAGGAAAACCUCAUCAUCCAUCAAAGAAUACAUACUGGAGAGAAACCAUAUGAAUGCAAAGGGUGUGGGAAAGCUUUCAUUCAGAAGUCUAGCCUCAUUAGACACCAGAGAAGUCAUACAGGAGAGAAACCCUAUAUAUGUAAAGAAUGUGGGAAAGCCUUCAGUGGCAAAUCAAAUCUCACUGAGCAUGAGAAAAUUCAUAUUGGAGAAAAACCCUAUAAAUGUAAUGAAUGUGGAACAAUCUUUAGGCAGAAGCAAUACCUCAUUAAACAUCACAAUAUUCAUACAGGAGAGAAACCUUAUGAAUGCAAUAAAUGUGGAAAAGCCUUCUCUCGAAUCACAUCACUCAUUGUACAUGUGAGAAUUCAUACGGGUGAUAAACCUUAUGAAUGUAAAAUAUGUGGGAAAGCCUUCUGUCAAAGCUCAUCUCUUACUGUUCAUAUGAGAAGCCAUACAGGUGAGAAGCCCUAUGGUUGCAAUGAAUGUGGGAAAGCCUUCUCUCAGUUCUCAACUCUUGCUCUGCAUAUGAGAAUCCAUACUGGAGAAAAACCUUACCAGUGUAGUGAAUGUGGGAAAGCUUUUAGCCAGAAGUCACAUCAUAUUAGAUACCAGAGAAUUCAUACUCACUAA